CCGGUCGGGGCACAUCACAUGCGCUCGUCAGCAGCCGCACACGCACUAUCAUACUCGCGCGCGACGACCGUCCGUCCCGUUCCGUCUCGUCACGUCUCGAGCACGCUCCUCGAACUCGGUCGAUCUACAAGAAAAUUUGUAAUAUUUAUCAGUUAUCAAACGCCUAUCUAUGAAUUUAUAAAAAUUUAAAAAUUCGUAAACGGAAAUGAUAUGUUGUAAGUGCACUUACAAGUAUCGUCUUGCGGGGAAAAUCGUAUAAAUUAUAUGACAUUUUUUGACGAUAAACGUUAAGUGCGAUUCACGGGGCUAUACUUUGUGAUACGGGAUUGUCAGUAGCCUGUGCAACUACAACCGGUAAAAAGCGUCGCGGAUUUUUUGGUUUUUUGAACAGUUUUUAAUUUUAACAUAACUAUUAUAAUUAUUGGUACCGUUUGCUCGUUUUUGUUUAUGUGCGCGCGUAUAAGACGUGUUUGUGUGUGUGUGUCCUUUGCAGAGGUUGCAUAAAUGGUCAAGAAACCGAAAGGCGUGAAUAUGAUAUCGGCGAAACCGAAUAGCAAAAUGAACGAUCACGUGGCUCGGCUGCGGGUGGUGCAAGAGGUGUCAUCUCGAAACAGUUCAGCCAGCUGGAACAGUUCGUGCACGUUUUCGACCGAGCAGAGUUUUCAAGAUCAACCAAGACCACCGGUGUAUAAUGUGGAAGACUAUGCUGGAUCACUGCGAAAAUUUGGAAAGCGAGGUCCUGCGUCAGAUGUCAACAAUGGUGACUCACCUGAACCGAAAGAAACUGAAAUGACUCUAAAAGAAUUCACGUCAGCAUCCGAGCUAUUAGAAAAAUUGAGUUCCGACCUAAAGCUUGCGUAUUUCAGCUUCGUACAAGAGUUCGUCGGUGACCCAAUAGAUGGAGUAACGCUGUUGCUGGAGCUCUUGAAAACCAUCCAACAAAACGGCACGCAAACAAAAUGUACACCGGCAAACCAGCGCCGUAUCACAUUGGACGAAAACGCGUGCCUGCAAUGUUUGAAGUAUUGUCUACGCUGUCAGGAUGCAGCUAGGAAAUUGGCGAUAUCUCCGGCCGGACUAUAUACGCUCGCCGCGUGCAUCAUGAGCACUGUCAAUCAGUCUCGUCUACUGACUUUGGAGUUAUUAACAAAGGCGUGCUGUGAGUCAGGUACGGUAGACGGACACAACACGGUUUCGGACGCGAUGAGUACGAUGCGACUUAGAUUUGCUGAACCCGUCAGGUUCAGAUUUUUAGUAGGAAUGAUGUCCGGUAGCGGCAGUUCCGGUAUGGAACUGUUGUUGGCUGGUUUAAAGUUUAUAAACGCCUUCACAGAAACAUGUCCGGAUCUUCAGACAAAGUUUUAUGUGCAAGCCGAACUCAAACAAGCUGGUUUUAAACCUGCAGCUAUAUUGAAAAAUAUUUCCAACAAAUCUCCACUGUUGAGCUCUGUAUCAGAUGAGAUAUACAGGUGGCAGAAAAAUUUCAUAAAUGUCGAAUCAUUGAAAAGACAACAUGACGAAGUCAUCAGAGAGGCUAAAUCUCUUAGAGAGAAAGUAGUCAUGCUAGAAAAAAAAAUUCACCUUCUCCAAGAAGAGAAGCGUGUAAUUUCUUCACGCAAAGACCACGUGGAUAUUUCGAAAAAGAACAAAAUCGAAGGCGGAGGAAAUUCUGCUGAAGACGAAGGUAUUAGUUCUUCCGAACAAGACGACUGUGAAGAGGAAGUAUCAUCUAAAAAAGUAAAGGUUCCCUACAAGAUGUAUAGCGUAUCGCAAGGUGACACAACCAUCGAGGAAGUGCUCGAAGAUUUCGACAAAGUUAUAAACGAUGCGUCCACUGAGUCUGGUGGUGGACGAAAGAUGUCGUCAGUGAGCAGUGACAAUUCUAAGCGGUAUUACGAGUUUUCCGAUACGGACGAUGUGGUAAUCAUACCUACCAGAAUCGUCCCCGAACCACCAAGGCGAUCCAGAAGCCUUUUUAUGAACAAAAACUUCGAAGUAAAUCCUUUUUUUGAGGAUGACGAGGAGAGCGUCGAAUCGGAGUGCGCUUACGAGGAGGACGAUGACGAAGAAAAGUCUAAAAUAAAACGAAGCGAAACGUUUCAUUCGGUCCAGAAACAGAUAAAACGAUUUUCGGAUUUGGCGCUGCACAAUCACCGGGUGGAGAACGAGGAAAAAAUCAAGGACGGAGGCAGACGAAAAUCGAUAUAUAACAUCUUUGGCAACGCGAAUCAACCAGAAAACUCGAUGUAUGCUAACAAUAGACCAGUAACGAGGUCAGCUAGCACUAGGAACGUCAACGAUUCACGGAUACCUGUCAUGAGGUUCGACCACUGCAAGUCCGAAAGGUCCGUUUACUUGCCAAUGGGUAGCAAGGUCACCAAGGAACCCAAGGUUUUUAUGACCAGGGGCCACAACAACGCGGGGUUGUAUUCCGGUUACAAGGACACUACCACCAACACCGCCGCCGGAGGAAAAGACUUGAGUUCCAAGUGCAAGCUGAGUUCAGGCAGUAGUUCAAAUGGGUUGAAAGCGCUACAGCACAUCAACAUGUCUGUUUCCACGGGGAAACUCACAGAUUUUCCAUCGGGACUCUAUUAGACUGAACAUGUAGAAUACAUCUACAUUAUAUUAUGAUAACUUAUUAUUAUUAUUAUGCUAUUAUAGUGUUGUUUUUAAACAUUGGCGUUCUAAAUGCACAUAUUAUACAUCAUUAUGUAGCUUUGUAAGCUAAUUAUAAGCGUAUAGUUUAUUAAAAGAAAAAAACACCGAAAGUUUAAAAUAUUAUGUUGUUUCAUUACGAUAAUUGCGCCUAUAAUAUGUUAUUUACCUUAAAUAAUUUAAUUCGUUUACCAACAGUUGUACAUAGUUUUAAAGUAGGUAUAUGGUAUAUAGUUAUAUUGGUUAAAGUACAAUAUUGAUUACCGCUUGACUGAAUAGCAUCUCUGUUAGCCUUUAUGUAUUUUAAUUUAGAAUUAAUUUUUAAAUUAUAUAAUAAUAUAUACUUAAUCUUAGACGAAUGCCAAGUACUUCUUUUUAAAAUUUUCUCCAAAGGUAAAAUUUAAAAUAGUUAUAUUUAUAGUAAUAGUAAUUUUAUAAGCAUAUUAUUUGAAUGUUUUAAAUGUAAUUAGUUUUAUAAGGUAAAAUUUAUAAUAUAUAUUUUAGAUUAAUAAUAUAAUAUUUUUAUAGUAUUUACAUACGGUUAUUAUACGUACAUACAUAUUGUUUAAAAUCUAUAUUUAGUAUUUAGGUAACCUUUAAGGUUUUUACAUAUAGUUCAAUAAUAACAAUCUCGUUAAUUUAGACGUUAAGAGCCUACCUAUUGAAAAAUAAGUGCAAUAUUUUGAAUUAAAGCAGUAGUAUAAUUUUUAUAUUAUAUAAUAAGCUAUUUGUUUUAAUUGCUCAACCAUCCUUAAUACUUAUUAAACAUAUAAAUAUUAUUAGAGGUAUUUUUAUAUUUUAUUUUUAUUACGCAUAAAUAUUAAUUCUUUGUGUGAAAUAAAUAAUCUGUAUAUUUAUAAUACAAAUAAUUCAAUCUCAUAUUGUAAUAAUUAAAUAUAAAUGUAUAUUAAUUUUAAAAAAAA